UCGAGUAAUCACUACAAACCCACUUUUUUAAAAACAAAACAACGAGUAAAAUAAAUUUAUGGAAAUACUCAUUAGGCACGUAGGUAGAUACUUCAGUCUCCAGCCAAUUUAACCGAGACUGGAGUAAAACCAGAGGCAUUUCGGUUUCACUUGUUCUGGUUACGUAUCAAUUGUUGGUUUUUUAGAGCAAUUGAAAAUAAUGCAGCUCUUUUAUACUGUUGUGUUUUAUUUAGCUUGCUUAAAUGCAGGAAAUUCGGAGCCUUAUGUUCCGAAAAAUUUGGUUUUCGUGUACGACGUCAUAAAUCCUGGAGUAGAUUAUGUGGAUUUUGUAAAUGGAACCGAAAAAAUUUAUAAAGAGUUAUUUCAAUCUGGUCAAAAAAUAUUCAAUAGGUUUCGUAUCAUAUUUCCUUUUAAAACAAGUGUUGAAAUAAUCGACGAUCAAAAAGACCAAAAAAUUAUGGAAAAAUUGCUCGAGCAUAAAUCAACUAUCGAAGGCGAAAAAACAUACGGAAAUGUGAGCAGAGUUUUACGAGGGUUAUGGUCAGCAUUGUACAAUAGUGACUUAAAUUCACUCGUUUACGUUUUCACCAACGCUAAACCGGAAGAUAAUUCAAUCAUGUAUGCCAUAUCGUGCGCCAUAGAAAAUAAAAUGAUCGAGGUGGGAUUUGUCAUUCAACAAAAUUAUCCAGAAGUUGAUAUACCAGUUGAAUAUCAAACUAUUUCUUUGCAAAGUAAUGGUCUAAUCUUAAAUGUGCAUGCAGACUCGCAGAUCAUGAAUUUCAUGCCGACUUUGUUGACUUACACGAAACAAAAAGUGAAUCUGCUGACUAUCAACAAUGAUUUCACCAAUACCCACGUCAUUCGAGUGGAUAAACUCCUCGAUGAAAUCACAAUAGUCGACUGGACUUAUGGAGGCGUUGGCCAAUACAUCACCCAUCAUUAUAAUCGUUCCGAAUAUUCUAAAGUGAUUACGAGUAGAUCUUACAGAAGUCGUCAUUUGUGUACUUUGAAAACCCAAAUAGAAUCUUAUAAGCGCAUUUCACAAGGCAACCUAUUCAUCAAAAUAGACUCAAAUAGGUAUAAUUUUGGUUUACGUGUAUUUGGAGUCAGUGGAUUCAAUUUUGAUUACGGAUUUUCUAUCAAUAAAAUCAACAACUGUACGAAUAAUUUACAAAAAAGACCAUUUUUGAAUACUUUGAAUUACAUCUACGUGAAAUCAACCAACACAGAAUACGGAGCUGUUUUCAAAUCUUGCAAAAUUAUCUCUACAGAUAAUAAUUCAGUCGUGAAGGAAAUCCCCCUUACCAGUUUCGAUUCAGAAAAUGAUUUUUACUACGGUGCAUUCGUACCUACUUCUCAAUCCUUUUAUUUACAGGUGACCGCUUUUCUUGGAAAUGAUAUGAUUCAAAGGACGUCUUCAAUUGCAAUUUCACCGAUUCAAAUGCCUUACCCGGAGUAUGAGAAAAAUUACAUUUCAACUGAAUCUUUUGGGAACGAUAUGAUUCACAGGACGUCUUCAAUUGCCCUUUCACCAAUUCAAAUAUCUUACCCACAGUACGAGAAAAAUUACAUUUCGGUAUCAACGAAUUACACAAAUACGUCUUAUUAUGGAUCAGUAGAUAGAUCAUCGGCUUACGUAAAUUCGUUAAAUUCAACUUAUCAAGUUACAGAGCAAAACGUUCAGUUUGUCUGAUAUUUUUAAUUUUUAAUAUAACAAAGGGUAAUUUUGUGAGACUAGAACUUCAUCAAAUCAUCUCCUUAAAUGUCUAUUCU